AUGUACUGCCAGAAAUGUCGCACGCCUCUCAAGCUGGAUAGUUCCCUUGAAGAGCUUAAUCCCGCCGCAUACGAUCUUCUCGUAGGCUCAGCAGGGAAAUCUGCACCAAAUCCAUCCGGCCUGAGUCGUUCCCGACCCUCAUAUCCUCCAGAGCGCAAAGAACGGUAUGACCAAGUGGCUGGUCGGACGACCUCACCAGUUUACAGAAAGGAUAUCCCAGCCUCACGACAUGGACGGGGUAGCCCAGACUCUGGGUCGCGAGAUGCUGCUCCGGGGAUGUCCUUUGUGAUGCUGAAUGAGUCUCUACACUCCUCCUCUUACCAACCGAACGGGGUGGCCCAGCAGAAAACGAAACGCAGGAUACAAGAAAACCCCGAAAUUCAACCUCAGAGCCAGGAAAUACUAUUUGCGGAUCAGGUCGAAAGGACAACACGGAUCUUUGAGAUCGUGUCUGCGCGAUCAGAUAUCGAUCAUCCAAUAUGUGUCGACUGCACGGAUAUGCUGGUCGAUGGACUACAGCAUAGACUGGCAAUAGCAACAAAGGAGCGUGACGCCUACAUAUCAUUUCUCAAGAAUCUAAACACCUCUAUCCCUUCGACGGACGAGAUUACAACAGUGAAAGAAACCCUAGAGGCUACACUUAAGACUGAGGCAGAGGCCUUUGAGCAGCUACUUGAGUUGGAGAGUCAAAAACGAGCAGUGGAUAAAGAAAUAGCGACGUUGGAAGAGGAGUCACGGCAGCUGGACUUGGAGGAACAAGACUUCUGGCAUGACCGAAACGCAUUUGCUUUAGCCCUAUCGGAAUUCCAAAAUGAGCGGGAUGCUUUAAAUGUCAAAUUUGAUCAUGACUCGCGACAGCUUGAACGCUUGCAGCGAACGAACGUAUACAACGACGCAUUUUGCAUCAGCCACGAUGGAUAUUUCGGUACCAUAAAUGGCCUACGACUUGGACGACUCGCUAAUCCAUCUGUUGAAUGGUCGGAGAUAAACGCAGCAUGGGGACAAACCAUACUCCUCCUUGCUACAGUUGCGGAAAGGAUAGGUUUUCAAUUCCAGGGCUAUAAGCUACGACCCAUGGGCUCGACGUCUAGAAUCGAUAAGAUCGAAUACCCUCAGCCGAAUCAAUCUCAGUCACAAUCCCAACCUACAACUCGACAUGACCCCGUUACUAACGGCGGCCAAAAUAAAAUACAGCCCAAGGUUACGCCCCUUGACCUCUUCUCUUCUGGUGACCUUCCGUUGAAUCUGCCCUGGCUCCAUCGCCGAUUUGACGCUGGCAUGGUUGCCUUCCUAGAAUGCCUUCGACAGCUGGGUAACCAGGUCGAAAGGACUCCUACCUCCAUAUCCGCUCCGGCAGAACCACCAUCCUCGAGGCUGGGGAACCCACAACGACGUCAGAAUCAGACACAAGUGACGGGCCUAAAGUUGCCGUACGAGAUCAAGCGUGAUAAAAUUGGCGAUGCCAGUAUUAAGCUUGGGUUCAACCAGAACGACGAAACUUGGACCCGCGCGUGCAAAUAUACACUUACAUGCUGUAAAUUUUUACUAGCACAUGCAAGUAACGCUGGAUCUACCAACAGAUCGAGUGGCUAA